CCCCGCAUCCCCCCGCGGAGCGGAGCGAGGCCCACUCGUGGGGUCCAAAUUGCCUUAGUUACGUGGGCUGCCUCGACAGGUGAUGAGCUCCCUGUCACUGGAGGUGUUCAAGCAGAGGCUGGAUGGCCAUUUGUCGGAUGAGAAAACAGAGGCCACGAGAGCUCUAGAGAUUUGCCCAGGGUCACCCAGCUGGCAGGCACGAAAGCAAGACUUGAACUCCUGGCAUCUGACUUGAAUUUCAAGGCUUUUUCAGAAUGUGGGAUGAUAAAGAUAUUGAAGCAGAGCUGGAAGAAGAAAUAAAAGCUGAAUUGGAUAAAAUCAGCGUUUCAUCUUUGGAGAUAAGAGAUGAGACCGACUCCCCAUCUGAGUUUGGCAGUGAGAGUGAGCCAGGAGAAGAAAACUUACCUGAAUCAGUUCUUUACUGUAUAAAUGUCAUAAAGAAUCGGAGUAAAGAUGCUGAAAAUCUUGUUCUCCAGGACUUGGAAGAUACUGACAUUUCAAGUUCUAGUCAUGGAGCCGUUUCAAACAGUUCUACAGAUUUUAUGGAUGAGUUGACAUCUAAGUCUCAUGAAAAUGAAUUAGAAUUAAAGAAGAUGUUAUUUGAAAUAGAAAAAGAAUUACAGAUAAAUCCAACCUGUGAUAAAAUCCCAAAUUCUACUCAACUUCCUAAUUUUUGUAACUUACCUGUUGACGAGCCUCUUUCUUCAGAGGAUGCUGACAAUAUAAGCUUUGGAUACCAUGAAGUUGAGGAAAGAUGUCGACAAUCUUUUGCGGCGUGGGAGGACAAACAGCGGGAAUUGGAGAACUGGGAGACUGAAAAGUUCAGAGCCCAGCGGGAUAGUGAAGAAAAACAGCUGCAAGAGGAAGAAGAAAAGAGACAUUGCCGGAUGAAGCAAUUUGAAGUAGAAAAGAAAAAAAUAGAAAAUAUUCAUAAGCAAAAAGAAGAGAUGAUAAAUGUUGAACUGCAACAACAGAAAUUGUGGGAAAAGAAUUUAAAGGAGCAUGAGGAGUUUAUCAGAAGACUACAGUUACAAAUGGAGGAGGAAAGAAGAGGUUUGGAAGACCUAAAGGCUGAAGAAAGACAACGUUUGGCAAAUGUGCAGCAUAAUGCAGCCAUAAAAAUCCAGGCUAGGUAUCGAACAUUUGUAGCUUAUCAAAAAUAUGGAUCAGUUAUAAAAGAACGACUAAAGAGCAAAAAGAAGACAGAAAUGCUAGAAAAACAAAAACAAGAAUGGAAAGAAAUGAAAAAAGAUAUGGCCAUAAAGCCAUUAGUAGAAGAAGAAAUCAAUGAAAAAGAAGAUGUAACCAAACAUAUAGGACCAGAAAAUGAAUUGAAAAAAAUAACGAUAGCUGAACAGGAACCCAUGCAAAAAUUAAAGCAAGAACCACUCAGGGAAAACAUGUCAAGACAACUAAUCAUGACAGAAUUUAAAAAAGAACAGGAUGAAAAUCUAGGAAAACAUCAAGAGCUGGAUGAAUUACAAAAUGAAAAGAAACCAAAUGAAAAUCUAGCCAAAGAUUUCAUUAAAUCACAAAAGAAUGAAUUUAAAGAAAAUGUGACAAACUACCUAGAGUUAGACCAGGAAAGAGAAAAAAUAAGUUCAGCAGAUGAAGACAAAGGAAACAAAAUCCAAGAAGCCCGAAAGGAUGAGGGGGUGAGAAACAAUCCAGAACAGAAUAGAUGCAAACAGAAUCAGGAGGAAGAAGAUUCUGAAAUAGUAAAAGAGGAAAAGGAAAAGAAUGGAGAAAGUCAUGAAGAGGAAGAUCACUUCAGAGCUUCAUUAAACCACACGCUUUCACUCCUAAAAGCAGAAAGUAAUGAAAAUGCCAUCAGCAAUGUGAAUGGGUUGGCACCAGCCAAAGAAAGUAAUUCUCAAGCUGCUGAUAUUGAUGAAAGCUUAGAAACAAAUAUUCUGACAGAUGGUGAAACUAUAAUUUUUAACACCUCUGCUAUCGUUCUAAAUGUGGAAAGUAAUUUAUGCAAGAAAAGAUCUGUUAUCUGUAUGCCAACAUCUUAUGGCUGUACAGGUGACUCUGAUAAAAGCUCAUCGGUGUCUAAAGAAACCACAACUGCCACUUCUUUUACAAGGAAAACACCAAGGGAGUUUUGUGGGCAUGGAGCAGAAAGUAAAAACACGUCUACUCAUUCGCUAAGUACGAUAAGAGUUUCAGCUUUAGUUGAAGAAAAGAGACUAGCCUGGAUAAAGACCUGUAGACCCUGGCUCGAAAUCUUCAGGGAAAACCAAAGAAAGAAAAUAGUUAAUAGAAAUAGACCUAGGAAGUGCUCAGUCAGCAAGCUGCCUCCUCUGAAUGCAGUGGCAAUCCUUCAAGGGGGACUGUGGAGUACCUUACAACAGGUUACAACAGUAACAUUUCAGGAUUUGCCAGGUUGUAGUCUUUGCACAUUGUCAGAAUGUACAAGUCUUCAAUUCCUGACUCUCAGGCGUUGUGGAUUAACUGCUUUGGAAGGACUGAAUAACUGCAAAAAAUUGAAAUACAUUGAUGUACAGGAAAACCAGAUUCAGGUUAUAAAUUGUGAGAAUUUAGAAAAUCUCUGCAUCCUUCUUAUGAAUGACAAUGAACUGACUUCAUUUCAUGGACUGGAUGGUUGUAGUAAUCUUCGAAAUAUUGAAGUUUCAGAUAACAAGAUCACCCGAAUUGGUGGAUUAGAAUCUUUGAAAUCUCUUCAGCAACUAAUUGUGGAUCACAAUCAGCUAAUGAGCACCAGAGGUCUUUCCAGUGUUCCUACUAUUAUGUACUUGGACUGCUCUUAUAAUAAUCUUACUAAAGUUGAAGGAAUUAAAGAUUGUGGUUUACUUCAGAUUUUGAAGUUACAGGGAAAUUACCUAACUGAGCUUCCAUAUCUGGAGAAUCAAGUUCUGCUCAGAGAAUUGUACUUGGAUGACAACAGUAUUUCAACAUUGGAAAUAAUCUCCUCGUAUUGGCUUCCUUUAUUACAGAUUCUAACUGUCUCUCAAAACAGUUUGACUGAAAUCGUGCCCCUCUUUCAAUUUGUUUCUUUGGAAAAAUUGGAUGUCAGCAACAACUGCCUUUCAGAUCUUACAGGUGUCACCAAGUGGUUUCAUGCAUGUUUUAAUCUGUGUGACUUAUCACUUAUUGGAAACCCCCUUCUCCAAGAAAGAAAUUGGAGGCAGUCCAUACUUGAAAUCUUACCUACUCUAAGAAUUCUCAAUGGUGAAACACUAAAAUCUGAUUCACCCAAUCAUGAAAGCAACAUACCAGAACCAGGCAGUUUUUCAGCAAUCUGCCAGACUCAGACCCAGGAAUUUAACUUAAUAGUUAAAAAAUAUGUCACCGAAAAAAGAAAUAUACACUCCUUGGAUGCCAUAGAUGACUUGUGCUGUUAUUUUAAUGAGCUAAUGAAAAUUAGUAGUAAGUACAGAGAUGCUCAUGAAAAUGGAGAUUUCAGAAUCGUUGAUAGAGAUGAAGAUUUAAAUAUCAAGAAGAGAGACCAAUCAGAAGAACAGCAAGAUCAUUUGAAACAAGUAGCCAGUAACAGUCCACAGCAAAACAACCUCUCCAUUACUGGGGGAAAUGAAAAUAAACAGGAUUUUGUGGAAGCUUCUCAAAAAAGAAUUGAUCCUGACAACAGUGACUCUGGAUCCACUGCAUUUUCCAUACAUGAGCACAUAGAUAAAAUUAAUCAAAACCAAAGAGUCCAGAGAAGGAGGAAAGACAUCGUGAGCACCAAAAUCCAUACCAAGAAUAGCACUGUCAAUGAGCCAUUAAUUACAAGUGAAAUGGAAAAGGAUUUCCAACAUAUUCAGAAUGAUGCCAAAAAUAAGGCAGCUACAGUAAUCCAAAGCCAUUGGCAAGGAUACCACAUUCGCACGCAGGUUAAUUUUUGUGAUCAAAAGGAUAUGGCUGCAAUGAUGAUACAGAGAGGCUGGCGAAAUUACCUUAUGAAGACCCAGAUGAAAAAAAGACAAUGUUGCACCACUGAUCUGCAUGCACAGAGGGAGAAGGCUGCUACACUUAUUCAGGCAGUUUGGAAAGGCUUCCUGUUACGGAAGAAACUGACCAGAGCACUAGCUUCCAUUAAAAAUGAAGAACUUGAGGAUGGCUAUGAAGAAAUCGACCUAGAUGACUUUACGUUUGAUGAAGCUGCCUUAGAGAAAGAAUGGUUCUCUUUGGAUUCCACCAACUUCCCUUCCAAAACACAGGCUUUCCCAAAUGAACUGCACCAGCCAAAGAAUUCAGGAUAUUUGUCCUCUGAUGACACUUCACUUAAUUUACCAUAUCAUCCAGAGCAACCUUGGCAGUGUAAUGAGAGAGAAAAUCCAUUCUCUCCUGAAGACUCUCAGUUUACUGACAGAUCAGAAAGUCAAAAACUGUCCUCUUCAUCUGAUUUCAAGAGCUAUAUGAAAAUGUCCCUAAGAUCUAAAAAAGAAGAAAAAAUUUCAGAAGAAUGGGGCUUUAAAGAUAUUUCUACUGCUCAGUUGAUGCUAAAGAGAGCCCAGAAAAUGAAAUCUAAGAAAUCAAGGCAUAAACUAGACCCUGCUGUGCGCCUGGCAUUGUUCAAAAAUCGUGGAAAUAAACAACCCCCCGUGAAGCCAGCAAAGAAAGCACACCAUGCCAGACGAGGGUAUUUUGAAGCACUGGUCCUUAUCGCCACAGGGAGAAGCUCAGGAUGUGGCCACUGUAAGAACAGUCUGGGCUCAAAUUUCUUCCUUCAGGAACACUUCCUUUUCCCCAACAACCUGGAGUGUAAAGAAGCAUUUUUCAAGUCCCUUCACUUCCUCAAGGAAGGAGAUCAGCCUACAUUUGGAACCCAGAACACUCUCAAUGGGCUAUGGCAGAAAUGUAAACAUUUAACUUGCAAUGCAAGACUUGUAAGGAGAGAAGACAUGGAUGUAGACCUUGUUUCCAUGAACAGUGGGAGUGCUUUGGCUCAGAACAGAGAAAAAAAUAAUCAGGCAUCCAGACACUCAGCAGAAUCUUCGUUUAAGGUAAUAGCUGUUCCAGGGAUAGGAAAUGCUAAGAAAAAAUGGGUAUCCCAUCGAAGCUAUCCAGUGCAAUUCAGCAAUGGAUGGGAAAGUGGGACAAGGAAGACGAAAACUUUCAACUAAUCUUUCAAACUUCAACAUGCAAAACAUAUGGCAAGCUGUUUCUUUUCAAGAGGUCUGUGAAUAUCUGGUUAUAUGUUACCAAUUGGAUACAAAGUUUUAGAGUACUGCAUUUAAUUUGUUUUACUAUACAUGUUUUGCAAUUUAGCUUUCUGGUGGAGUUAUCUUACUCCCCAUCAGUAAAAUACAAUUUUUGCAAAGGUUCCUGGGCUCAUGUGGUAUGGUCUCCAGAAAACUUUAACCCUUGAUAUAAUUGUAAGGGGGAGUUUUUAAAACCGAUUUCUUUAGUUUUAAACAUUUUAUGAUUUCAUAAAUUUAAGACAAUUUUUAUUGGCAAGAAAUUAUAAAUCUAUUAAUAACAAUUUUGGGAAGUUUAACAUCCUAAUUAUAUGUAUUUUCAUUGAUACUACUUACUCUUUUGUGUAUAAGGAAUUUGUAU